AUGACACCUAAUCUUGUUGCCGAACUAGCUCAACACCUCAACGCAAAACAUCUCUACCCAAAACCGGCGUGGCUACAAAGCUUCGUCUCCACUACCCGUCCAAAUACUCCACUGCCUGCAAUCAAGCAGACGGCCGUCUUUCGCCUGUUGGCCACGGAUAUCACAACUACAGUGGACCAGCCUGCAGCGUCUGUCUUUCCUCAGGAUAUACUCAAUGGCACAGUACAAUCUCGCAGUGUCGCAGGUCCCAUACUAUGCCAGAUCCUAGACAUCGAGGACAUUGGCCACUCACGCUGGUCACAAGUGGAGUCUAUCGAAGCGCAAGAGCGUGGUGAGAUGACCAAAGGACGAGAGAUUGUACGUGUCGUCGAGCAAGAAAACGAGGGCUCAUCAGAAGCUGCUACACCCAUCCAAAGCAAAGGGCCCUUCAAGUUGCUGCUCCAAGACGCAAAGGGUCUCAAGAUCUACGCCUUCGACCUGAGAGGCAUCGAUGGCCUGAACACAAGUAUGACCAUGGGCGCUAAGCUGAUCCUGAAGAAUGUCGACGUACGUAGAGGUGCCAUCAUGCUGGAGCCCGGAAACGUUCAGCUUCUGGGUGGGAAGUUGGACGCACUCGACAAGGCAUGGAAAGAGAGCAGGAAAGAAAGGCUGAUUGCUUCUGCCAAAGGGCCGUCCCUCGAUCCACAGCAGUGA